AGCUCAACCACCAAAAAGUGUUUCACGUGCAUGUUUGUGUGCUUGGUAAACAUGAGUUUGGUGAUCAUAGAUGUGUGUGGUAAUUGGUACAAUGUUUGAUGACGUGUGUAAGUAUAGAUGUAGUGUAGUUACUGUAGAUAACGGGGUGGAUCCUAACAGCCUUGUGUCACUAUUCUUUUAAGCGAGAGGAUGUCAAAACAAAACAAUACAUCUUUAUUGUCUUUGUCUUUUGACAUCAGAUAUAGAAAAAUGUCUUUGUUUAUAGCUUGGAAGCAAGAAAGUAAAUAACACACAGGGUUAGGGUUGGUCACAUCCCUCACACAAAUAAAACUAGUCCGCUUACUUUACCCCCAUGCUACCAUCAAUUAUCAGAGGCACACACACACACACACGGUACAUUGGUUAGACCUGUUCAAAAGCCAUAUUGCAUUUAAUAUAAAGGAUUUAGCAGAAUCUCUUUUCUUGGCAACCAGUUGUUUCCAUCUACAGCCAGUGUCUCAUUUGAAAAUGUCGAUGUAGUGGGUGAGAGUGGUCUGGAAUAAUUCUCACAGCUUUUAACCUGAAAACCGUGGUGUAUAGAUCACCUAGUGGUCUUAAUGACAACCCCAUGAUCUUGCUGGAAAAUCUGACCACCCUCGUGAAACAAAUCUUAUCUUUGAUGGAUAGAAUGCCGAGACACACGAACAGAUUCAACACAGGAAUGCUUUCGAGAAAGCUCAGAUACUCUGAUUUAGGAACAAACCCCAAGCUGAUCCUCUUGGGCUUGUCUCGAGUUAAUCCCCUUAGCCAGUGCAGUAGUGAGGUGUUGACUUUAGGGCUGAAUAAUUAUUUUUAUUUUGUAUUUAAUUGAAAGUAGCACAUAGUGUCGAUCUCUGUUAACACGUAUGUUUGUUAUUAUGUAAACACUGUUUCUAAAAUUGUCAUCAGUUAUCAUCUGUAUCACAAUGAUUGAGUUUUGUUGAAAAUUGUCUUUUUAAUACAGAGCGGGAAACUUCUGUCUUCAAAGGCAAUAGUAAGUGCUAAAAUUUAUGUUAAUUAGUUAAGGCUAAGAGCAGGUAUUGUAAUAUACUAAUUCUUUGAUUAUAUAUAAAGUACUGUUUGUGAAGCUGUCAUUUAGAUAAUGUUUCUGUAGCACAAUGUUUGAUAUCACUUCUUAACUUUAAACAGGUGAUUUUAAUACAGAGGAGACAACUAAUGUCUUCCAAAAUGAUGUCAUUAUUAUGACAUCAGACCAGGUGGCGAUUUGUGUUUCUUCAGAACAUCGAUGAUCUCUUCCAAAGAAAUGGUCACGUGUCUAGUGUUUGACGUGUGUCUGCUGACGAUCGCCAUACUGAGUUGUGGUGGUCUCGCUUUUGAUGAGACAUGUGCCAACCUGGAGUUUGAAGGUCUCACAAAUGGAGACAUUGACAGACUCGAACAGUACUCUUACAUCAACGUGACCUUUCACCUCAACACGUCAAAGUGCCCGGACUCUGGAGACUUGUUCCGACUCAAGGUGUCUGUGCUAGAUGGCGAGGGUUCUGUCGACGUCUGCAUGUUAUUUAUGAAAACCCAGAAUUGCAGUCACUCAGAUGAAUCCAGCUGUCAGUGCUUAUCAGCGCCUAGAGGCUGGGCCCGGAUGUCCAGGCAUCUAAACGUGACCGGCCAAGUGUCGAUCGUCUGGAAUAAUCAGGGGUCAUCUAGUAGCAAGGUUAUCGCCAGCAUCACGUUCAACGUCUUCGAGGUGGAUACUUCUGCCUCUCAAGGCAAUGGUGAUACUACUACAGAGACAGAGGAGGUAACUACUGUCUUCCAAGGCGAUGGUAAGAGCGAAAACGCUUAACGAAAUAAUUGAAUCGUAAAGCACGUAUAGUAAUAUAUUAAUUGCUUGAUUAUCUCAAGUAAAAUUGAUGUGCAAAUGUGUUUGUGUUGAUGUUUGAAUUCACAACGAGUCAAGACUGUGUCAUGAACAGAAAACAGAAGACAUAGUAAUUUGAUCUUUGUACAGGAAAGGGUUUCAUUCGGAGAAUAAAAUUAUAUUGUUUGUGUUUAAAAGAACAGGGAACCAGUCAACGUUCUACUCCAUACAAAUUCUCGGUUUGAAUUUUUUGUUUAAUCCGCGUUCUACUCAAUACAAAUUAUCGGCUUAAAUUAUUUGUUCUACGCGCGCGAGAGACACUUUCAAGUUCAGAACUUUCCACUUUGUGAACCGGUCGGCUCGUCGAUACCCACAUUGUACUUGUUGUUUACGGUUAAACUCUAAGAUCUGUUAACAUGAUGUUUUGCUUUGAAGCUCUGCGUACCCGUCCAGUUUUUUUUUUCGUGUACACCUUCUGUAGGAUUAGCCCUAACCUUUGUGACCGCGGUCUUUAACGAGUGUCUUGCUAUUCGUGGAACGUGUGAAAUAUCUUUUAGAGAGUUGUUGCUUAGGUGAUGCUGUCUCUUAACACUAAGUUCUUAACACGGGAGUUCAUUACUGAAUGAACGCAUCGUAACUAAGUCACCGACAGACAUCGCAAGAUCAAGAAGGACAGAGGACGACUACCUGGUAUGAAGAACCUGGUCAGCAUUGGAAACCUCACCUUUUGCAGCUUUCUGAUCUUCACGAGGACAGCAGUACAAGACAAGAAAGUGAAUUGAACUGAAAUGAACAGAACUGAACAUGUUGUGCCACUCAUCGAUUUUCUUGCUUUAGCUGCUCCUGGGCAGGCCGAUGAACUUUGAUGAACAUAUUUGCUUUUCUCUUUCUGUCUAUCCCUGUUUUUGUCGAAAUCAGCUUGCAGACGACAAUAAGCGAAGCUCCUGCUGUUGACGAUGUGUAACCACGGCAACGACAAUCUCAUGGCCAGCAUGUAAGUAAUGAUUCUUGUCAAACUUAGUCUCUUUUUUAUGGGGAUGUGUUUGCGUGCAGACGUGUAUAUGUUCCUGUGUCUGUGGAGUGUGAGCCGCGUGCAUGCAUGCAUGUGUUUUUUAUAUGUUACAAUUAAAAAAAUAGUAUUCUACAAAAAGAAAAUUUUAAGAACGACGAUAAGAAAAGAUAUACUUUGACAGAGGGACAAACGGAGGAAGGUGGGAGGAAGGCAGCGAACGAGCGUUGUUUGCACCGCCUCAAAUAUCUUAAUAUUAUUUUACGUCUGGUUUAUUUAAAAUGCAUUAAAUUAAUUAAAUUAUUUAAAUAGAAAUAAUGAGUAAUACAGCUCGCAGGUUAAAGGUCAGAAAAAUUGAGGACUUCAGGGUCAAUAUAAUCCUUUAUCGUCACUUCGUGUUGUCUUUCAAUCUUUUGUCUACUUCCGUCUUCUCGCUUCUUUAAUCCCCUGUGUGUUUCUAGCGUGUGUCCGAGUAUGUAUGUGUAUGUGUAUGUGUAUGUGUAUGUGUAUGUGUAUGUGUAUGUGUAUGUGUAUGUGUAUGUGUAUGUGU